AGUUUUGCCUUGUGCAUGUUUGACCUGUGUUUCUGCUCAAUUCUAGGUCUGGAAAUGGCUUGGGUUCAGAGGCCUCCUGAAAAGGUCAUCAGCGGACAAUCCUUUGAUGUAGUCUAUACUCUUUUUGCUUCUGAUCAUUUUUACCACUACGCUGUGGAAAAUGAUUACCUCUCUCACAGUGAUGCGACUGCUGCUAAGAAGUUUUGUGAAGAACAGGAAUGCCCGCUGAAUUGGAAGGAUGCUAAUGGAGAGAACUGCUGUGUUCAUCACGCAAACAUACAUUCCUGCCCCUUGGCAUUCAUGGGGAAAGGUGGCAUUUGUGGACCAUGGAUUCCAGAUGAUGGCCAAAUAUUCACUCACACCACAUCUACUGCUGGCAAAAUGACACAGACAAACUGGACUGCCAAGGUUGUCUUGGUGCAUGUUGGAAUGACGUCUCUCAUUGCACACAUCAGGGUUGGACGGAUGCAGGCGGCUUUAGAGGCCCAAACUAUGGUUCUUCCUGCAGUAGUUUGUGGGGACGACCUCUGUGAAGAUGACGAGAGCUGUUCCACAUGUCCUGCUGAUUGUGGUGAAUGUCCUUUGACAACUGAUGUCAGGAUCGCAAUUGCCUUACCGGUGUGUUUAGUCUGCACAGGCUUCAUUCUGACAGUCAUGUGGUUCCAGUACCAGAAGCAAAAAAUGUUUUGGGAUGAAAGCUGGAUUAUAGACUUCAGCUCCAUCAAACAAGAUGCUGUAGCAAGAAUGGCAGUGGGGAGCACACUGAGUGUCCCACAUGCCCCCAGCACCUCCAACAUCAGCUGUCUCACAGCUCUGAGCUCCUGCACAGCGACUGCAAAUGCCACUAAGGCAAGCUACUUCACACAGACUGGGAUCUAUGAUGGUAAAACUGUAGCCAUCAAAAAAAUAAUGAACAAAACAUUUGCUCUCACCAAGACCAUACGUAAAGAAGUUAAACAAGUAAGAGAAUUAGAUCAUCCCAACCUCUGCAAAUUCAUAGGAGGUUGCAUUGAGAUCCCAAAUAUUGCCAUAAUAACUGAAUACUGCCCUAAAGGAAGUCUGAAUGAUGUGCUGCUCAAUGAAGACAUUCCUCUAAACUGGGGUUUCAGGCUUUCUUUUGCCACUGAUAUUGCCCAAGGAAUGGCUUAUCUUCACCAGCAUAAAAUUUAUCAUGGACGGUUGAAGUCCAUGAACUGCGUCAUUGAUGAUCGUUGGGUUUGUAAGAUUUCAGACUAUGGCUUACAGUCCUACAGAAAAGAAGAUGCUUUGAGGGAGUCCAAUAUCCCUCAUCAGUAUUGCAUGCAAAUAUAUCUGGCACCCGAAGCUCUCUCUGUACCAAACUUUGAACCAACUCCAGCUGCAGAUGUGUACAGCUAUGCCAUCAUUUUGCUGGAAAUAGCAACAAGAAGUGAUCCAGCUCUGAAAGAUGAUACACAUUCAGAAGAACACUCUUUAUGCCCACCUUUGUCAGAAUUGAUAUCAGACAAAUCUGAAAAUGCCUGCCCAUGCCCCACCGAAUAUAUAGAGCUGAUCAGAAAGUGUCAAAAGAGCAAUCCAAUACAAAGGCUUACCUUUGAUCAAAUCAAGAAACUGUUGCACAAGAUGAACCCAAACAAAGUUAGCCCAGUGGACAUGAUGAUGACUUUGAUGGAGAAAUACAGUAAACACCUGGAAGUGUUAGUAGGCGAAAGGACACAAGACUUAAUGCAUGAAAAGCAAAAGACAGACCGUUUGUUGUAUAGCAUGCUACCAAAACAAGUAGCUGAUGAUUUACGGCAAGGAAAACCCUCACAGGCUCAAAGUUACAUCAACUCCACCGUCUUUUUCAGUGACAUUGUUGGCUUCACUCAGCUCUCUAGUACCAGUACACCUUACCAAGUGGUUGACUUUCUCAAUAAACUCUAUACAACCUUUGAUGAAAUUAUAGAUAAUUAUGAUGUCUACAAAGUGGAAACAAUUGGAGAUGCUUACAUGGUUGUGUCAGGAGUACCCAAAGAGAAUGGCAUUUGCCAUGCCAGUGAAAUUGCAAGUAUGGCUCUGGACCUUGUCUCGGUGUGCGAAACAUUUAAGAUCCCACACAAGCCCAACACCCAGCUAAAGAUCAGAGCGGGCAUCCAUUCUGGGCCAGUUGUGGCAGGUGUUGUCGGAACCAAAAUGCCCCGAUAUUGCUUGUUUGGGGACACUGUCAACACAGCUUCCAGGAUGGAGUCUACCAGUGAAGCUCUCAAAAUACAGUGCAGUUCAAACACGUACCAGCUGCUGGAACAGAUUGGAGAGUACAUAUUGGUGUGCCGAGGGAAUUUGCAAGUCAAGGGGAAAGGUGACAUGAUAACGUACUGGCUGGAAGGAAAGAAAUCUCGAACAAUUCUGAAGAAGGCACCAAGCCCUUCUGCACCUUCUCAAACUCCCAAGCAAAGUACUUUCAAUCACAUCCCAGGCGUUGUAUAAAAUGACCCAUUUUCAAGCCCACCAUGAAAGAAAGUGAUGAGAUAGCAGAUGCAUUUUUUCAGUAGUUUCAUUCUUUGUUAUCUGAAAAGAAAGAUUUUAAGCAGAGGGACUUCUCAACUAUCUCAGGUAGCUUCUAAGGUUCUGCAUAGGGGAAAAGAGGAUAAGGAAAAAAAGGAGCAAUUCUAGGAUUGUGAAUUGUUUUGUCAGUAUUUCCUAGACAGAUUUUUAGACAUAGUGUGAAAUUUUGUUUUUCCUAAAUCUCUUUCACUCCCCAUUUGGAAAUUUUAUUUCAUUGUUUUUAAGAUAAAGCCAAACUUAGAAUGACUUAUUCAUAAAGAAGAUGACAGAUCUGGAGAUUAUAGAAAGUCCUGUGCAUCUGGCUAUGUUUAUAGUACCUCCAUGCCCUCUCACAUUUCACAGAUGAAAACCAGGACACAUAUGGCUGAGGAACAUCCAGGGUGUUCUCAGGAUGAGAGAGUUAUUAAUGAAGAAAAAUACACAAAUUAAGAGAGGAUGCAGUAGCUUACUGUUGCCUGGGCCUAAUGGGAAAUGCAAGAUUCUCUUAUCCCUCUUCUGAGUUAGGUAGAGGCAAAGGUUUUUCCCUGACAUUAAGUUUAAUCAUGUCCGACUCUGGAGGUUGGUGCUGAUCACCAUUUCUAAGCCAAAGAGCCGGUGUUGUCCGUAGACACCUCCAAGGUCAUGUGGCCGGCAUGACUGCAUAAAGCACAGAUACCUUCCCACCAGAGCAGUACCUAUUGAUCUACUCACAUUUGCAUGUUUUCAAACUGUUAGGUUGGCAGAAGCUGGAGCUAACAACGGGAGCUCAACCCACUCCCCGUAUUUGAACCACUGACCUUUCGGUCAGCAGGUUCAGCAGCUGAGCAGUUUAACCCGCUGUGUCACUGGGCUCACCCUUCUUCUGAGUUAGUUCGGUGCAAACUACUUUUGUACUUUGAACUCUACAGAAAUUUUCAUAAGCUGAGGAUAAAUGGGAAAGAGAGAAGGAACUGGGUCAUUUUAAAGCAGCUGGUUAAGUAGAAUGCCACAGGAAUAAUAGGGAACACCCCUGUCAAAUAACGAUAGUUGCAGGGUAUGUAUGUCCUUCUUAUUUUCCCAUUGGAUACAUUAUCUUUUGACACUGAGGUACAAUGUGGCUCUCUCUAUGCUGUGAACUGUUUACCUAUUGAAAUGCCUGUCUUUCAUUCAGACUUCUUUAAAAAAAUAUUUUAGUGAACUUCACACUUUGUCAAUGAGGUGAAAUGAAAACAAAGCUUUUUCGAACUUGAAGAUAGUAUUAAAAUGUCACUUCUGAGAUCCUUGAUUCAAAGAAGCUUCCUUGGAAUUCCUACCUAGCAUUGGUUAGUUAAUGGUUCUCAGUGAAACCAGAUAUGAUGCAAUUAUAUUGUUUAUUUGUUUUUAGAAUCUUUUGGUUUCUGAAAGUUUUCCAAGUUUGAAAUUAAUAGCCACAGUGUAGAUUUCCAGAGCAGUAGCCGUGUUGGGCUGUUUGUAGCAAAAAUAACAGAAAGAUUUGGGUCACCUUAAAGACCAACCAAUUUAUUAUGGCAUAAAACUGCAGUCCCUGAAGCCUGGCGCCAUAAGAAAUGUGUUUAAGUUGUGCCAUGAUUCUUUAUUGUUUAACUAAUACAGCAAAUCUCAGUGCUACAGCUUGAACUACCAACACGAAAGAACACAAAUGGAGAAAUGGCUGAGAAAUGUGUAUACAGCUGGGGUUGUCUAUAUGCCCAUCAGCUGCUUUUGCAAUGCCUGUUUGGGGCACUUCAGGGAGACAUUGUCCAUUUGUCAUAUAAGAACAAGGCAAUGUUUUUGCUGAGAACCUUAAAAGCAUUCUGACUCAUCAUCAAAUUUAGGACAGUGUCUGUGCAGUCUCAUUUCUGAAAUAAAAGUGCUGUUCCUCGCAAGCACUCUUUUGUCCAUAAAUGGUUGCUGCACUCCCCCUUCCAUUCAUAAGUGCUUGUCAUGACAGAUAAUCUCUCCCGUUGCAGAAUUAUAUUGUGUUAGCCCCAAAGCACAUAGACUGAAUGCUGCUCUGGGAACUUAUUCAAAGUCCUUCAACAAUAGUUUCUCUCUCAGGAGAUUCCUGCUGAUGGCCGUUGUGUUUGGCAUCCUAUUUUCCCAGAUAGUUGAGCCACAAAGACCCACAAAUAGGACACAACUUCAAUUGCCCUCCUCUGCUUGCCCUCAGCAUUUGAUAUUAAAUGCUGAGAGUAUUAAAUCACCCCUUGUUCUUUGUUGAUCUGAAAAGCCUUAUCAGAGUUACAUGAAACAUAACAUGGAUCCUUCAAGUCUCACUUCACUAUAAACUUAUAAUCAAAGGGUUAUACGCCACAGUAGCACAAUGGGUUAAACCCUUGUGCCGGCUGAACUGCUGACCUGAAGGUUGGGUUGCUGACCUGAAGGUUGCCUGUUUGAAUCUGCAAGAUGGGUUGAGCUCCAAUCUGUCAGCUCUAGUUUGUGGGAACAUGAGGGAAGCUUCCCAGCUAACAUUUCCCGGCGUCCCCUGGGCAAAGUCUCUGUAGAUGGUCAAUUCUCUCACACUAGAAAUGAAUUACAGUAUGUUCUCAUGUUGCUUCUGACAUGAUUUUAAAAAGCCUUCAGCUGCCAAUCAGAUGUAGCCAGAGGCGGUUCAACCACCAGGCCAACUAGGCAGUUGCCUGUGGCACCAUCUUGUUGGGGGCGCCAUCGAGGCAACUCCUGUCUCCUGCGGCCUGCCUCCGCAAGGUAUUGAACUGCUUUUUCUGUUGAUUUGUUGUAAAACAUAAUGUUUUAGUGCUUAAUUUGUAAAAUCUUAAUGUAAUUUGAUGUUUAAUAGGAUUUUCCUUAACCGCUCCUUAUUAUCAAACAUUUUCGCUUAUCCAACGCUUUUAUUUUUCAGUGAUUGGUUUGGGGGGGGGGGUAAAAUUCUGUUCGUUUACACUUGAAAAAUACCUAGGGCUGGCUCUGGAUGUAGCAAACCUUCUCAUCCCAGGGAUGCUAAAUGCUUCUUUUUACACAAGAUCUAGAAAAUUAGCCUUUACUGAUUUUACUGCCAGGAGGCUCUUAUAUGCUGUUCCUCCUCUAAAUAGUGCCUUUGGACAAGUAAUGGCUUGCAGGAGACACUAUUUGGACAUUAGCACUACAAUCUCUUUCUCUGUUUUCCCAUCUUCAAAACUCACAUGAUAAUGUCCACAUUAAUGUCUCUGCUGCUCCACAUCUGGGAACAGUAGUGAGGCUUAUAUGCCUGUCUCUUUUUGGAUGGCUCUCAGGUGGCUAUUUGCUCUCCUUUCUAAAAACUCAAAUGUUGCUUUUCUCCCAAAGUGGGGCACAAGGUUGCUUCUAAAACAAUAAGGUAAAAACAUUUACCCUACAAUCUAAAAAUAAUUAAACUCAUAUCAUAAUACAGUGCGUUUUAAAACCAAUUAAAACAUUCAAAAGUUAAAAGGUAUGUAAAACAUGCUCAAUAAAAAGUCACCUUGACAUAUACACCAGUGUCCUUACAAAGCGAGCCUGUGAUGGUGGCAGGACCGAGAGAAAGUCUUCCCCCGUAGAUGUUAAGGUUUGGGCAUAUUUGUAUUUUAACUAAGUCAUCCCAAAUUUCUGUCUGUGCAGUAACUUAAAAUGUAUAUGGAGUAUUCAGAAAUACAGUGAAAGUGUCAAAAUAAAGGCAGGUAAUAUUAAAAAAACAUAGGAGAACAUCAACAUAGCAAGCAUAGGAGUUCUAGGAGUGAAUAUUUGCAGUGUCUACAAUGCUAGAAAUUUGGGAGCUGAAGGGAAAUUUCAUAAGGGUGCAGAAUCAUUGGAGGGGAUAAUGCCUUCUUUUUGUCACCUCUGAACCUACUACAUCCUUCAAGACACAAGUGAGUUUCAAAGUAUACAUGGCAUAAAAGAAGGGCAUUUGUUAUUGAUUAGGAACUCUUGAUGACCACUAAACUAGACCUGUAACAAUCUGUGACCUCACCAGGCAGGUCAGAGGUAUAUUGUGGUUGAGAAUGUAAUAGACAGGAGAAGAUCCUUGUCUGGUAGCAUAUUUAAUGUUUCCUUGAAUGUGUUUUCACCCCACAUAUGAAGUCAGUUCUAAUUGAUAUUGCUGUAUAUCUGAGCUAUUGAAUUGUAUCUCAUAUAGUUGCUUCCGUGUUGGGCUAUCCUCCUUCAAUUUAUGUCAUUGUUUCAUAAAAGGCAUUUUAGUCCGUGGUUGUCACCACACUUUGUAGUACUUAAUUUUAUGAAUUAAUUGUGUGUCAUGUCAUGGAUAUGAUAUCACCGGCUCCCAAAGCAGAUAUUUUAUUCUCAGCUCAAGAACGGAAUAUGGAAUGUCAGUGGACAACAAUAGAUAUUUAAAGAUAGGCUUAAAGCUAUCUUUAAAAAAUUGUGGCAUACACACCGAAAACUGGGAAGCUCUGGCUCCUGAGCAUCCUAACUGGAGGUCAGCUGUUACCAACAGUGCUGUGGAUUUUGAAGAGGCAUGAAUAGGGGGCGAAAGGGAGAAUGUGCUGAGAAGAAGGUGCAUUAAGCAAACCUUGUUGUUACCGCUUUCCAUCUAGAAAUCUAUGUCCUUACUACGAAAGACCAUGUGCAUACAGAAUAGGUCUCUACAGUCACUUACGGACCCACUGCCAAGACCUUACCCUUUGAAGACAAUCAUAAGUGGUCAUGAGUGAUUGCCUAUAGUAAUAAUUAUAAGACUGAAGCAUAUAAAAACAUAAAUUAUGGGCUUUACUUUCAAAACUGAGACAAUGAAAGUAAUAGUUAUUUUAAUUCUUGCCAGCUAAACAUAUUAUCCUGUGUACUUUUAAGGCAUUUUGUAAUAAAUAUCAUUUGAGUCUA